UUGCCUCUGUUGGCGCAAGUGAGUCUCCAACCACUAGAUGGCAGCAAAAACUAAUGAAGCGCGAGCUCAGUCACUCCGGUCAACAAUCUGAAAGUCAAGAGGAAGACAAGAAGAAGAAGACACGUGUGGUGCAGGUUGCGGUUCUCAUCAUGGGAAAGAAUAAAACGAAAGCGCAGAAGCAGAAAAAUGUCUUCCAGGUGGCCAACAAACACAUCAAACCCAAGAAUAAAGCCAAGCCCGUCGCAACGAGCCUUAAGAAGAUAAAUGCUGGAAAUAGCAGAAAAGUGGAAACAAUCAACAAAAUUUUCACAGAAGUGCAAAACGAAGUGAAGAGUGUGGGAAAACAGAAGUCACCGGAAAGAACACGCAAACUUCAGAUUCCAGUAUCGGCACCAGUUGAAAGUGUGAAUAUGGAGGCUGCCACCCAGCUGUUUUCACAACUAUAAGAUGCUUCUGCGCCCUCAUGUCUGAUGACAAAUUGUUUGUACUACGGGCCGUGUAAGCCUGCAUUGCACUGUGUAUAUUAUUUUUGAAAAGAAUACAAACUUCUAAAGUAAAUUAAGCUUCACCAAAGUUGGCAAAUUAUACAAGGAAAAAGGUGUUCAUUGCUGUCAAAAAUGUCUUCAUCAUUACAGACUUUGUCAAUUUUAAAAAAAGAAGGCAUUAGUGGAAAACUGGGGUUUGGUGCUCUAAUGCCAGACAGUUGUGGACACUGAAAUUCUUGCCAUCUGUUUGGCUUUUUCAUUGUUGCAUUUUAUUGAAGCGGCUGGGUCGUCUCGUUUAACUCAAUCGUAUUUUUGGGCUCUUUAUUCUCCAAACUUCAGAAAAUUGAGACAGGAUUAGCUGGUGUUCCUUUUACCUGUCCACAGUUUGAUUGGUUUGCUACUUGAAGAAAGUGCAUCAGCAGGCUUUAACGUGAGGUGUAGGUGUAUCACGGCAGACCCGUUGAAGUGGAGGGGAGAUGGAUGCCAGCCUCGUUUAUGGAGUACUGCAGUGACUCAAAUGUUAACCAGCAAUCGGAUUUUCGUUUCUAGUUUGAUAAAAGAAAAAAUAAAAUUUGAAGGUAAACAAUUUAGUAUCUGGCAAGAGUUCAUAUUUUGUUAACACUAGUCUAGAGCUUAAGACCCGACACUGAACAUCAGCUAGAAGGUUGCUGAACUCCUUGGGUAGUUCUGGGUGAGUCGUUUACUCCAACAGCACACCCGUUUGUUAUUUUUGAUCAUUUUAGUGCUCUACAAUUUUGUACUUUUAUUACCACCCAAUUGACGGCUUGUAAGUGUACUACAGCUACAACUGCCUGUAUUCUGUUUAGAGAGAGUUAGCUUAGCAGUACCCCUUGACGUGGCCGUGCGCACUGUGAAUUGUGCAGUGGGUAGGCAGAGGAGGUCCGGUAGACUGACAUGAGCGCCUCUCGACAAGGCAAACCGCUCACAAGGUUUUAAAAUGUAAACCCUGAGUUUUAGGCAUACAAGCAGCCCCUGCUCGGCAAGGUUUAGUUUGACACCAGCAAGUGGGGUAACGUAAUGACUGACAGGAGGGCCGUCUAAAUCGCUAAUGUCUCAACUUUUUGCAGGCUUACAUGUUCAAGAUUCAAGUGACUUUUACCUUCUGUAAAGAAAAAUCUGUAAAGUAACCCCCCAGGUUAAAGUAGGCCUGUGUGAAUCGGGUGGGACUGCAAUUACAAGCGUCCUCUGGUAAUAAAUACCCCAACUCCUGCUGUAAAAUGGACAACGAAAAGGCAUGGUGAUGUACGGGAAGUUGUGUGUUUAGAAAUGUGAGGUUGUAAGAGAUUGAUUUUGACUUUUUUUUUUUUUUUUUUUUAAAGUGGUGUUUACUUAAUGAAGUGUGGGGUCACCUAUUAAGAUUUUUAAGCCAUUAAAAUUUCAAAUACUACAAAAUGAUCAAAGGGUUUGUAAUAUGUUUCUCAAUUUAACAAAAGCCAAAUAAAGUUAAUUAUUAAAUUGUU